AUGACUAAACGGAAACAAUAUCCACUUCGUGGCUACGACACCUUCGAAGAAGAAUCCCAUUCUGGUACUGCCGGAUCGUCAGACAACCAUCCCAUUUCAUAUCAGCGAGAAGAUUCAGACAAGUCUAGAUCUGCUGCAGCGGAGGCUCAACGCCUGGGAUCUAUGGGGUCUUGGGCGGACCAAUAUAGUGGUGGCCGGACACCAGCAACCAAUAUGACCCCUACGGCCUCGACAGUGAAUGGGGACGACGACAAUCCUCAAAAUUUACAAUAUCCUAGAUUCCUACACGACUCGGAUCCAUCUGAUCCUCCACCAGUCUAUACUCCCGAAGCCAGCACGAAUGGAACGGCAGCACCACCUUCUCCAGUGGCUCUAAGAGUGGCACCUGCAUUUCAGCCAGUAAGCAACCCCGUGACCGACGAUUCUUCCCAAAAUCCUUCGCAAUCUGGAUCGCAAUCACAAGCCCGACGUCAAUCAUCUUCAAGUUGCCCUUACCAAGUUGAUAAUGAAGAUGCGGACGAUCCAUCUGCUUCUUUACUCCCGGAGCCGGUUCAAUACCCGUAUCAGCAAGGCUGCAGUCAACCUUCCACUACCCCUCUACCGCCCAAUGAGCGUAUAUCUUCCAAGAAAAGGUGGUGUCUCCCACGCCACACUCACCGCCGUGUCGCUUUUCGUCGUCAAGAUCCGAAAUGUAGAGCGCGUCGUUUCAAGCGCACCUGCUGGUUCAUUUUCUCUCUACUGCUGUGCCUCUGGUUGCUGAUUCCGGGCCUGUGCAAAUCGCUUUCCAAUAAAGGGGAGACACAAUUCCCGGACGUUGGCUCCUUUCCAGUCCCCCGACGAGAGUAUCGCCAGCACGAGUCUUCUCAGUCCAUAACCGGCACUUAUCCGCUAUAUGACCUACUCGAUCUUUCCACAAAAUCAGGCAGCAUCAGUAUCACGGUCGAUAUACAGCCGGGGGACAGACCUGCUGUUCUCAAACUAUCAAGUACAUCGGGAUCCAUAAACGUCCGAAUGGUCCCCGCAUCCAACCAAGGUAUUUGGUCGUUCUGGAAGAAAUCCACAGGUGGUGAAAAAACACAACAGAGAGUUGAGAACCUAGAUCGGGUCUUCAAAACCGACAUUUCAACCAAGUCUGGCAGCGUCGGCGGGACAGUCGUGCACGGUAAUGGAGGAACCACCUCCAUCUCCACGGGCUCCGGGAGCCACAGCAUCUCAAUCUAUCCUGUUGGAGUCUCUGGAAACGACCCGUCAUCCACUCUGACUACGACUGCAGGGUCUGGAAGCCAAAAUGUCAAAAUUCUCAGUCCCAAUUCCGUUGCAGGAUACCAGACGACCACAUCAACCAUUCGAUCCCUGAAAGUCUCCCACACGACAACGGGAUCUGGUAGCAUAAAUGUCGUCUACCCAGGUGAAUGGGAAGGCCAGCUACACGUUCUCCUCCAGGGAAGCGGCAGCAUCAACGCCAGAGGCCAAGGUCUGCAAACUCAGCAACAGGGCCGACAUGAGUUGUUUGGUUGGAAAGGGGUAGAUUCCGAAAACGCAUCUUCCGUACAGAUUACCGAGAGGGGCAGCGGGAGUGUCAAUUUCCAGUGCUGA